UUUUUUACCUGCUUGUUUAGUUCGUUAAUUAGUAUAUCUUGGCCAUGAAAUUUACGUGAAUGACCUCUCAAUCGUUAUAAAAUUUCGUUAAGCAGUCUACUAGAAUUCACAUAAUUCUAUCAGCUAAAUAUCAAUGGCGGCCUGGCAAAUCAUUUCCCCUCUUCUACUCCUCUUUGCAACAUCUCUAUAUCUCAUUAAUCCAACAACUUGUCUAGAAAGUCCCAUCUUUUUGGGGUGGAAAUGUGACCCAAAAGCAAACUAUACUGAGAAUAGCCCCUACCACUCAAACCUCCUAAAGGCCUUCUCAAAUCUUACCUCCCUCUCCUCUUUCAACACCUUUUCCACCUUCACUGCAGGCUCAGAUGAUGAAGCCACCAACAAAGUCUAUGCCCUUUACGACUGUCGAAAUGAUCUCCCACUCCGGAUUUGCCACGAUUGCGUCGAGGACGCUGCAAAGAAUCUUGCGCAGCUUUGCUCCUCCAAAGAGGCCAAAGUCACUUAUGAGGAAUGCUUGUUACGCUAUGCUAACCGUCCGAUAUUCGCCAAGAUGGAGCUCGAGCCCUACUAUCGUGAAUGUCAGAUCAGUAUACCGGAUGGAGGCGAGUUGAAUAGAACCAUUGAACCAAUCUUCAGAGGGCUAAUUGAUCAAGCUACAUCGAAAAAUUCAUCGCGCUACUUUGCUAUGGAACAAAUGACUUAUUUUGAGUAUCAAAAAGUAGAUUGUUUGGUGCAAUGUACUCCUGAUAUUAGUAGGGAGGAGUGCAAGGAGUGCUUAAUGGAUGCAUUGAAUUAUACGCUUGAAUGUGCGAACUCUAGCUUGAUGUUAAGCUAUCACCUCGCGCCAAGCUGCCAAAUGAGAUAUGAUGUUCUACAACGUUUCGUUAAUAUAUCCUCAAGCCCUAUACCUUCUUCCAUGGCUUCUCCUCCCAUUUUGUCACCACAAUUAAACACUAGUGAUGGAAGUCAAUGUUUGAUUUCAAUUCAAAUCUUUAUAUUUGUAUUCUUCUUGUUCUUCUGUUUAAUGUUAUAA